AGGUAGAUGAAGAGAAAAUAAAAGCUAUCAAAGAUUGGCCAAUACCUAAAAACGAUAAGAGAUUGAUUGCCUACUUCAGUGAAAAGCUAAGUGGUGCAGCUCUCAACUAUCCUAGGUCAAGGUAUGUGCAUCUAACUUCCUUGAAUGCAAAAUUACUUGAUUUUGAGUACGUUAAGGACAUAUAUGAAAAUGAUCUUGAUUUUUCCAACAUUUACAAAUCAUGUUAUAAGGGGGUUAUAGAUAAGUUCUUUAAGUAUGAGGGGUACUUGUUUCAAGAAAAUAAAUUAUGUGUUCCUAAUUACUCUAUGCAUGAGUUGUUGGUUAGGGAAGCACAUAGUGGGGGACUAAUGAGUCACUUUGGGGUAGCAAAAGACUUUGGAGAUAUUGACUGA